AGAUGGGAUAGAAUGAGAAACAAAGCAGCGGAACUGGCUUUAGGUCCAGGGUUUAAUUUGAAGGGCCUUUAGUCUAUGGAUACCCAUGUUUCUCGUUAGCCCCCAGACAGGUUUACAGGCUUGUUUUUCAAGUUAUACCAAAAGUCUAUUCUGCUUUCCAGAUUAACUAGCCGCGUUGGUAGGAAAACCACUAGCACCCGGAAAUGCGCCACUUUCUUCGGGUUCCCAUAGCAAGUCAAAGCCACCGGCAAAUUGGAAUGUGAUUUAUCUGAGUUCAGAGACCGGUCUAAGAGUGGCUCGACAGGGCAACAUACGACCAUUUAGCCUACCUUCGGGCAGAAUCAGAGAUGGCCAGCCAGAGCGAGGUGAUUGACAGGUUGAGGGCUACGUUCCGGUCAGGCGUGACCUUUCCAGAGCAGUUCCGUAUGACCCAGCUCCAGAACCUUCUCUCCCUGGUCGAAGAAAACGAGCAGCUGAUACAAGAUGCUCUCCACAAGGACCUCCAUAAGCCCAAGUUUGAGUCGGUCCUGUCAGAGAUUCAGAUAACCCUGAAUGACCUGUACUUCGCCAUGGAAAACCUCAGGACCUGGAUGCAGCCGGAAUACAACAUUGGCAAGAAUCUGGCCACUAGGAUGGAUGACUGUUUCAUACGCAGGGAACCCUUGGGGGUAGUUUUAAUCAUCGGGGCGUGGAACUACCCUCUACAUCUUAUUCUCUUACCUUUGGUUGCUGCAAUUGCUGCAGGAAACUGUGCCAUUCUGAAGCCGUCAGAGAUCUGUCAGGCCACCGAGCAACUCCUGGCAGAACUCAUCCCCAAAUACCUGUCUCAGGACUGCUAUGCAGUACUAUGUGGUGGAGCAGAGGACACCAAGUCAUUGCUGAAGAAUAAAUUUGAUCACAUCUUCUACACAGGUUCCCAGGUGGUGGCACGUUCCAUCCUGCUAGCGGCGGCACCUCACCUGACCCCCGUCACCCUGGAGCUGGGUGGCAAGAGCCCCUGCUUCAUCUACGGCCAUAUCGACAUCCAGAAGGCCGCCAAGCGCCUGUGCUGGUCCAAGUUCUUCAACACUGGCCAGAGCUGUGUGGCACCCGACUACGUCCUCUGCACAGCCCAGACCCGGGACGCCCUACUGCCCGCUCUCCGGGAGACCCUGCGGACCUUCUACGGGCCGGACCCCGGAGCGAGCCUGGACAUUGGGCGCAUAGUCACCCCACGCCACUGGAGACGCCUGAUGGACAUGCUGGAGAAAUCCAAGGGGAAGGUGGUGAUCGGAGGGGAGAGCCGCGAGGAGGACAGGUAUAUUGCUCCCACAGUGUUGGUGGAUGUGCAGGAGUCUGAUGCUCUAAUGCAGGAGGAGAUCUUUGGCCCCAUCCUGCCCAUCCUAACCAUAGAGUCUCUGGAGGAGGGCAUAGACUACAUCAACCGCCAAGAGAAACCCCUGGCCCUCUACGUCUUCUCUGACGAGACCUCGGUGGUGACCACAGUGUUGAACAACACCAGUAGUGGUGGUUUCUGCGGCAAUGAUGGUAUAGUACACAUGGCCUUGCCAGGCCUGCCCUUUGGAGGAGUAGGUGCUAGUGGGAUGGGUAGCUACCACGGCCGCUGGGGCUUUGAGACAUUCAGCCACAGGCGGGGCUGUAUGAACCGGAGCUGGUUGCUGGAGAGGGUCAACGUCCUGCGCUACCCGCCCUACAGUGACUACAACCUGGGCUGGUUGCGCUGGGCCACCACCUUCAAGAAGAACAGCUGGGGAGGCUGCUCAGUCAUGUGAGAGUGGCACCCGGUGCGUGCCUGACUGUACUUCCAAAGCAGAUGGGCUUUUCUUAAAAACGGCUGCAUUGGACCUUUAUCUCAAUGUCAAAUCAUUUUGGGGUAACAAUUAAGUACCUUACUGUGAUUGUUUUCAAUUAAAAUGGCCAACAAGUAACAUCUUCUUAGCAAAGAGCAAUUUCUCAAGCAAGAAUUUGCUAUGACUGCCUGGGAGUGGUCUGAGCGGGGAGGGGAAAACUAGCUGUUGUUGGCAGAGAGGUUUGGAUCUCUUAUUGGUCUAUUAACUCAUUUACCGCCUGGAGUUGUCACCAGGCAUUCCAAGAGUCCCUUCCCACCUAAACGGGCUGAAAUUUCAGGCGGUCGGUCUUUUUAAACUGCUCUUACACUAAAAGGGUAUUAUAAUUUUUCAGUGUUAUUCCUCCAACAUAGUGUGGAAAUGUAUGAAACACAGAAAAAUAUAUACUUUUUGACUGCACUGGGCCUUUAAAGUAUCUGUUCAGUGUUCCAGAUUUCUAUUAAAUAAUUUACCUAAAAUUUAAAAAAUAUAUAAUUAAGGAUGUUUUAAAAACCAGGGUUUCUCUGUUCCCUGCUUUGCCUUAUUGGAAACAGUGGUUGGGUGUAUACUGGUAGAAAAAAAAAGCUGACAUGCCAGAUCAGCCAAUGAAAUGCACAAACACUUGGAUAUUCAAAUUAGCUACAAACUCCAUGUGGGGCAGUGCCGUACGCCUAGCACACUUGCCUUUUUUGGGUGGCCUUGGCUGUGUAUAGGUUGCCUGCCCUGUCCACUAAGAAUCCAGAUCACGUUCUGCACAUGUUAUUUUACGCACACUACAUAACUGCUGCUCAGACUCCCCUUCCUUUAUGUUUCUCUCUUUACUCACCCUCUUCUGAACUAUGAUGCCUAUCUCUGCCUUAUGUUUCUGAACAGCUGAAAUAAAAUUAAAACUGCUGCAAUUUGAUUGACCAUUCCCCAAAAUAUUGUUAAUGCAACUCCCCACUUGAGUUUUGCAUAGGAACUCUCUGUGUUUUCCACACACAGGCCCUACUAACUGCUAUUUCGCUUUUCAAUGAUCAUGCAAGUACAGCAUGAGUAGCGGUUCCACCUCUAGGCAGCCGAGCAUGUGAAUCCGGACCGGUAACCUCAGUCUGACUGGGUGAGUUCGUUCUGUGGUGACCGUGCGCUAUUGCCUCUUAUAUUGUUUGUUAACUACUGCCUACUAUACUGAACAAAAAUAUAAACGCAACAAUUUAAACAAUUUUACUGAUUUACAGUUCAUAUAAGGAAAUCAGUCAUCAUUCCUUAAACCUUAAUCUAUGGAUUUCACAUGACUGGAGGGCAUAUGCCCACCCACUUGGGAGCCAGGCCCAGCCCAUCAGAAUGAGUAUUUCCCCACAAAAGGGCUUUAUUGACAUACUCUGCAGUUUAUCGGCUGUCCGGUCCUGGUUACACUGCGGUUGUGAGGCGGUUGAAUGUACUACCAAAUUCUCUAAAAUGCCAUUGGAGGUGGCUUAUGGUAAGUAGAUGUGUUUGAUGUACUGUUACAACAGACCACAAGUUUGUAGGAACAUGUCAAUCAUGUUUUCUGUGUACAACAUCAUAGCUGCAUGUUAGCCUAACACCCUUCCUGAAAAAAAGAACAUGAAAUUGCACUUGAGGCAUGGAAUGCAUAGUUUGAACAUGCCCACCAUAUCUUUAGUGUACAACACAACAUUUCCCCCUCCAUGUCAAGGAGGAAGUAGCAGCAGCAGAGCAUGUUAGAUUACUGCUUCUAAACAGCCAGCAGGCCAACUUACAAACCCCAGAUUUUUAAAUGGAAGCGACUGAGAUUGUUGUUGUAUAGGCUUACUCCUUUUUGCUAACACAACCUGUGGAUUGCUUGGGUUGUGUGCUGCAGUGUGCCCUCUCCAUUAACUGUUUGUCACAAGUCAGUUUCAGUGGGCCUGUUUGGUUUGAGUACUUCAAAAGAAGGCUGUACUUGUAUAGGGCCAUUGAGUCAGCAGAAAAGAGCUGUGAGAAAAGGGGAGAGGUGCUACCUGUGGUUCUGGUUUAACCAGGUUAUUCAAGGGAGGGACACAGGCUGCAUCUCAAUAGUCUUGAUUUGGCUUCCUUCCCUUAUCUCUCCUUUACCACGAACUGGAAAGGUGAAAGUAAUGUGGUAGAUACCAAUGGCUUUCGCCUGUCCUGUUCUUUCAAAUCUUUGCAGCUGAAGGGAAGGAGAGCCGCUAUUGCAAUCCACCCAGGGUGUGGUUUCAGUUGUGUGUUCACUGCUACAUCACAAUGGUCUAAACCUAUUUCUUCCACUCGUCUUGCUUUGACCCAUCAGAUCAGAAUAGAUGAGUGGAAGCCACUAUAUUGAAAUGUUUCCCCAGAGUUUGAAAUGCACUGGCUACCAGGGUCUGGAGAGGUAAAGGGUUUUUAGCACUGUUGCACAAAACCCCCAUUGUUUACCAUGGGGUUAGUAUAGUUCACAGAACGGUCUUAUGUAACAAUUUUACUGGGUUUUGUUAGACGCUGUGUGACAUUAGGUGGUGGAUGUUUUUUGAUUUUAAAAGUUUUGUUCAAAAGACAUUAACUAAUAAAACCUUAAUUUACAUGAA